CAACCGUGGACGCGGGCGCGGUCGCGGCCAGGGUCGUGGCCAGGGCGAUGGCGGGUUUGGAGGGGGUGGCCGAAGCAACAAUAACCCUGUAUUUUCGCGUCUCGGGACCAACGGCGACCAGUACGCAGAGCAAGCAGAUCAGGGCUUUGUCGACGACAACAAAAGCAACUUUGGAAACUUUAAUCAAAACAGGAGUGUCGGUUUUGGUGAGUCUAAAAUGCUUGGAGGUAGUCCUGGGUCGGCUCAGGUUUCACUGAAGGGGUGGCGAGGCGGAACCGAGCCAUCGCUGAUAAAGUUUCUAGACACCAAGGUCGGUCGACCUGUCAACAUCGCAGACAUUCAUUAUUGCGGCGAGAUAAUGUACAUGACAGUCCCGAACAGGGCGAUUGCGCAGGAGCUGCUGAAGUUGAGCGGGAUUCGAUUUGCUGGCGACAAGCUGUCCUUCCAGUUGAAAACGCACCCGGUCAAGUUUGGCACAGGAGGCGCCGGCCGUGAUGGGGCUGCCAGCGGCAGCGACAGCUUAAAGCUCAAGGACCGCCUAAUAGCGCUGCUGCAAACACGGGUGGACAUGCAGGGUAGCUCGCUAGACCUGUCCGGACUUGCGCAUGACAACAUAAUUAUGUCUCUGGGCACUGACUCACAGCAGGAGGAUAAAAUGUACAAGGCCAUCCUGGUAAUCGCGUCUCAAAUGUACCCUGGUCUGAUCGCGAUCAGCUUUGCCAACAACAGCCUGCGUUCGCUUCGGGGCAUUGCCGAUCUGGGCCUGCACUUCCCCAACAUACGGACCUUGUCAUUGAUGAGCAAUAUAUUGUCGGACUUUAGCAGUCUCGACUGUUUGUCGUCGAUCGGGUCGACUGUGCCACUGACGCAGCUGAGCGAGCUGAUUCUUGCUGGGAACCCGAUGGUCGAGGCCGAGCUCGCGCAGCCCAACGGCGGUCACAAUUAUGUGGACAAGGUACACCAGCGUUUCCCGACAAUCAGCAUGCUUGACAUGAACCCAAUAACGCCGCGCGCCCAGCCCGGCGCUUCUUUGCCGACGGUGGUAGCGUCAGGCGAGGACGCUGCACCCAAGCACCUGCCGUUUGCAACAGAGCAGUCUUUUGUCGAAAACCAAGACAUUGGCGACCUGGCCAACGUGUUUUUGGAUGGCUUCUUCAACCUGUAUGACGCCAACCGCGGCGCUCUGGCAAACAUCUAUGACCAAACUGCGCAGUUCUCCUUAAUGGUCGACACAUCGCACCCGACCAGCAAAUUUGCGCAGACAAACCCGGACAGCCAGAAGCAUGUUGACUUUAGCGCGUAUAUUCGUAUCAGUCGCAACCUGACGCGCGUAAAGUCGCAGCACAAGCGGAUCAAUGCCCUUGUGGUUGGUAGGGCCGCUGUUAUACAGACCAUUGCGCAGCUUCCGGCGACACAGCACCCGAUCCAAGAGCCGCACAGAUUCAGCUUUGAUGCGUGGCAGACUGAUGUUCCUAAUGCCGGAGGGCAGGCGCAGGCAGUGGCCAUCGUGGUUGUCCAUGGCGAGUUUGUCGAGCAGCAGACCCAUAAUAGAGCCUCGUUUGAUCGCACGUUUGUGCUGGCGCCGGCACCCCCCGGGUCUCCCGCAGCCGCAGCCGGUAGCCCAUGUAUCAUUACCAACGACCAGCUCACUAUCCGUCGCUACAAUGGAUUCGAGAGUUGGACACCCGCGUCUUCCGGUCUUGAUGCCAGCAGCGGCACCAAUGGCACUGCUGUCGGCGCCACCGCCGAGGCUGGUGGCCUGGGCCUGAGCCUCACUCCGGAGCAGCAGGAUAUGGCUAGGGCUCUGCAGGAGCAAACGGGCCUGAAUGCGGAGUGGACAUUAAAGUGCCUCGAGAGCUAUGGUUGGAACUACCAAGUGGCGCUGACAGAGUUCCCCCAGGUCAGGGGCACGCUGCCACCAGAGGCCUUCCAAUAGACGCCGCGCCAAAAAAAGAUGCGGAGUAAUACAUGUUUGCACAGUGCAAGUCACCAUAUAAGUAAAUAAAAACUACAACUACAU